AUGACGUGGGAAGCUGCCUGGGAACUCAACAAGGUCGGAUCAAUUCCUAAAGUAAACAAGCUUCAAGCUACACCGCGGCUGCAUGGCUUGGAGGCCCCAAACGUCUCAUUGAUUUCUAGCUGGGCCAUCUUGUUGAACGUUGAUAUGUCUACGGAGUUCCUAACCCUAAAAUAA